ACGACCAGCGCAUCCAUGGCCCGCGAGUGCUAGCGAUUCAACACCCGUGCUGCGCUUCGCCUUCUGUCCCUCACAUCUCUCUCUCCCUGGCCGCACCAUACCUGGCGACCGCCGACCAGCAUGGCGUCCAACAAGAAGAGCAGCCUCACCGGCUAUCUCCCCGACAUUCUGAUGGCGGCAGCAGCACCGCUGAUAGCGUACUUUGUCAUCCGCAAUCUCCUGGCGCGCCUCGACCCCGACGCCCAGCAGAAAGAAGAAGCCCGCGCCAAAUCGGCCGCCGCGACGCGGAAGCUUGACGCCAUCCUCAGCAGUAAGCGGCGCAACAGCCAUGGUGACUCGGACAGCGACGACGAGGCGGACGCGCGGGGUCGGCGGCCGCGCAUGCAGGAGCUGGUGCUGAACAGCUACGAGCAGACCAUCGCCAUGGAGGUCGUUGCGCCCGAGGAGAUACCCGUCACGUUUGACGACAUCGGCGGGCUGGAUGCAAUCAUCGAAGAGCUGAAGGAGUCGGUCAUCUACCCGCUCACCAUGCCGCACCUCUACUCGCACUCGUCGUCGCUGCUGAGUGCGCCCAGCGGUGUGCUGCUGUACGGGCCGCCCGGGUGCGGCAAGACGAUGCUGGCCAAGGCUCUCGCACACGAGUCGGGCGCCUGCUUCAUCAACCUGCACAUCUCGACGCUCACGGAAAAGUGGUACGGCGACAGCAACAAGCUGGUCAACGCCGUCUUCAGCCUGGCACGCAAGCUGCAGCCGAGCAUCGUCUUCAUCGACGAGAUCGAUGCAGUGCUGGGCCAGCGGAGGAGCGGCGAGCACGAGGCGAGCGGCAUGGUCAAGGCCGAAUUCAUGACUCACUGGGACGGUCUCGCGUCUUCCACAGCCGCCGGCAGCAACACACCGCAGCGGAUAUGCAUCCUCGGCGCCACGAACCGGAUCCAAGACAUCGACGAAGCCAUUCUGCGCCGCAUGCCCAAGAAGUUUCCCGUCGCCCUCCCCAACGCCUCGCAGCGCAAGAACAUCUUCUCCCUCAUCCUCCGCGGCACCAAAAUUGACGCCAAGAACUUUGACAUUGACUAUCUCGUGCGCAUCUCCGCCGGCAUGUCCGGUUCGGACAUCAAGGAAGCCUGUCGUGACGCUGCCAUGGGGCCCGUCAGGGAAUACAUCAGGCGCAAGAAGGCAGACGGCUCGUUGCGGAGCAGCAGAGGCGUGCGGGACGAGGAUGUGCGCGGCCUCCAAACAGACGAUUUCUUUGGGAGAGGAAAGGGAACGAAGGAGAUGCAGGCCCUCGACGAGACUGCCGAGGAAAUGAAUGCUCGAAGCAGGAGGAUACACACCACUUCUGAGUCGUCAGAGGAAGCCAGCACCGACGAUAGCACGAGCGGCGACGAGAAGACGCGGCAGUAUGAUGACCCUGAGCCUUCUGCCAUUCGAUAGUCACCCUCAUCUGUAGCGUUUGUUUCUAGGUACAUAUUGGGCGGCGCACGAGGCAUCAUCACUACAUAGUUGGCGUUUAGAAGAGCUGGAACCUAGCCCUAGAUUGUUCUGUUGUACGAAUAGACUACACACAUGACCUCCUUCAAUACUUCGACCUUCUGUCACUCGAGGCAGCGUCUCGUCACUCGUUCGCACUGCUAGGGUUGUCGUCAAUAGUGCAACCGCCCAA